CGCCGGCCGCCCUGCAUGGCCAGGGAUUAUGAGCGCCGGUGAGUUGCAGCAGGCGCAGCCCAGAGCCUCGGCGCCGGCGGCCGCCCCCGCGCCCCCGCAGCCCCGCAGCGCCCAGGAAGCCCCCGACAUGGCGGUGUACUGCAGCGAGAACUUCAGCGUCUACCCCCAGCCCAGCCUCCACCCGCCCGGCGCCGCCGCCGCCGCCGCCGCGGCUGCCGCCGCCGCUGCCGCCGCCGCCGCCUCCUCGGGGCAGCGGGCGGGCGGGUACGCGCUGGGGGACUACGGGGCGCCCGCCAACGCCGGCUACCUGUGGGGCAUGAACAGCCCCGCGCCCUACCUGCAGGGCCCGCCCGGCUCCGCCGCCGCCGCCGCCGCCCCCUUCCUGCCGCCGGCCUCGUACGGCUGCUCGCGGGGCGGGCAGCUGGUGGGGUCGCCUCCGGCCCCCGGCUCGCCCUCGGCGGGCGGCGCGGAGCUGAGCUGGCUGAGCCUGGCCAGCCAGGAGGAGCUGCUGAAGCUGGUGCGGCCGCCCUACUCCUACUCGGCGCUGAUCGCCAUGGCCAUCCAGAGCGCCCCCGAGAGGAAGCUCACCCUCAGCCACAUCUACCAGUACGUGGCCGAGAACUUCCCCUUCUACAAGCGCAGCAAGGCGGGAUGGCAGAACAGCAUCCGCCACAACCUCAGCCUCAACGACUGCUUCCGCAAGGUGCCCCGCGACGAGGACGACCCCGGGAAGGGAAACUACUGGACCUUAGAUCCUAACUGUGAGAAGAUGUUUGACAAUGGGAACUUCCGUCGCAAACGCAAGCGGCGCUCUGAGCCCAACGCCCCCGCAACUGCAUCUGCGGCCUCCUCUCUGGGGGUCCUGAAGGCUGAGGAAGAGCGACCCAUCCCAGCCGCAGGCAAACCGUGUGGAAACAGCCCACCCCCGGAGCUGGACCCCUCGCCUUCUGCCAGGGACCAUCCAAAAAGCUCCUCACCCUCCGGUAUCAUUUCAUCCACCCCCAGCUGCCUCAGCACCUUCUUCAGCGGCAUGAGCUCCCUGAGCAGCGGAGGCAGCCGGCUGACAGGGAGUCUUGGCAGUGACCUGCAUCACAGGAACUUCUCUGCUGGACAGCUGAGCAGUGGCACUUUCACCCCUUCCAGCAGCUCUUCUCAGGAGGUGCCUUCUCCAGACCAGCUGCAGCGGGUUGCGGGACCUUCCCCCGCCUACUACAGCUCCUUCCAUCCCAGCAGCAGCAGCCAGGGAGCCCAGUACAACCACUACUACAACUUCACGGUUAACAGCCUCAUCUACACGCGGGAUGGAACGGAGGUGUAGGAUGCUGGGUCAAUCGGCCGGUAAGCGCUGCAAAGGGAAUGGGAGUUGCAGGUGUAUUUGGCAGGACCGAGGACCAUAUGCUUCUGCAAACAGCAUUUCAAUGUGGACACUUCCCAGGAGUUCUUCCAGGAAGACAGACCUUCUCACCUUAAGGACAACCCUUAAACACCAGCAGAAGGCAGAUGCAAAGUUUUUUCCCCUGUCCUGGAAAAUGUUAGGUGGUUUAGAUGGCUUGCCAUCUAAAUUCUGCAGGCGAAAGCGAACUGAAUUAAUGUUUUCAGAGGUUUCUAAUCCUGAAUGUAGAAUAAGAAGUUUAAAAAUU